UGCAGGGAAUACAGAGCAUUAUUGUCCCCCUAAUCCACGUCUGGAUUAGGUUAAAGCCUCCGUCGCACUGGAAUACCACAUUCAGAUUACCAUGGCAACGGGAAGACUUGGAGGGGUAAAUCAUGAAUGGGCCACGCAGAUCACUCGGCUCUGCUGUCGUUUUAAAAGGCGCUGCUCGUUUGUGUCUGCUUUGUAUUCUGUGCGUGUAUCUCCGUCUGCGUGGUUGCUGCUAAUGCGCCGUCCGUGAGCGCGUCAUGAGUCCGUGGGCCGGGGUUAUAUUUAGGCUCUCAGAGGAAAAUAACAGCGCAGGGUGAUUCCUCUGAGUGCCGACCGGACUGGCUUCUGGCUUUGUCAAGGACCUGGACACUAGUGCGCAGAAAGGAGGAGGGGGGGCGGAGGGGCUCUCGCUACUGCCGCUGCUGCACACAAACACCAAAAUAGGAUCGAGCUGCCUGCGACAGUCCUGAGCUAAAUUGAGGCUCAUGUGUUUUGGAGAGGAGCGCUUAGAGGAGCGUUGGUGGGGAACAAACAUCCAUGGAAAUAUAUAAGAUAUAAUGUCUCAUAAAAACGAGAUCUACACAUAUGACUUCAGUGACGGGGAGCAUCCUGCGGAGCUCCUGGAGGCUCUCAGGCAUUUCUACAUCCGCGGCCUGUUCACCGACGUGACCCUGCAGUGUGGCGAGUCCGGUCAGGUGUUCCACUGCCACAGAGCGCUGCUGGCGGCCCGCAGCUCCUAUUUCAAAGUCAUGUUCACGGCCGACAUGAGGGAGAGGUCCGACAGCGUCAUCAAGCUGAGCGGCGUGGACGGCGCUGUGCUGGGCGCCCUGCUGGACUACGUCUACACGGCCCGGGUGCGCGUCACCGAGAGCAACGUGCAGAGCCUGCUGGAGGCUGCGGACCUCCUGCAGUUCAGCAGGGUCAAGCAGGCCUGCGAGGAGUUCCUCAUCCGCCUCCUGGACGUGGACAACUGCCUGGGCAUGCACACCUUUGCUGAGCUCCAUCAGUGCCCCAGGCUGGAGAGGGAGGCCAGCAGAGUGAUGCUGAGCAGGUUCCCGGAGCUCAUGGAGCAGGAGGAGUUCCUGGAGCUGGACCGUGAGAAGAUCAGGUCUGUUCUGGUGGAUCAGAGCCUCACGGUGCAGGGAGAUGAGGCACUGAUAGAUGGUGUGGUCAGGUGGGUGUCCCAUGACUUGGAUAGUCGGGUUCACUGCGUGUCAGACCUGCUCCACUCUAUCCACCUGAGUCUGGAUGACAUUUACUUCAACACUUCCUUGGAGGUGCACAGGCAAUAUCUAACAAAAAACGAUGGGAAGUUAAAAUCCGUGAUUGUUCAGGCGAUGAGGUCAAAUGGCAAGGAGAUCCCUCCAAGCAGAAAAAUUUCCCCCAGUAUGUACAUCAUUGGAGGAUACUACUGGCACCCUCUGUGUGAAGUGCACAUCUGGGAUCCCGUCAGCAACACGUGGGUGCAGGGGAAAGACAUGCCUGAUCCCGGAAGAGAGAGCUACAGCGUCAGCCUGCUUGGUGCAAACAUCUAUGUGACUGGUGGAUACAGGACUAACACCGUUGAAGCCCUGGACACUGUUUCAGUUUAUAACUGUGACUAUGACGAAUGGACAGAGGGUUGUCCCAUGAUCACUGCCAGGUACUAUCACUGCUCCGUGGCUCUACAUGGCUGUGUUUACACCAUCGGAGGCUACAGAGGAGGAGCUCCCGAGCAAGAGACUGAAUUUUAUGAUCCUUUGAAAAAGAGAUGGUUUCCAGUAGCCAAAAUGAUCCAAGGUGUAGGAAAUGCCACUGCAUGCGUAAUGGGAGAAAAAAUUUACGUUACUGGAGGCCAUUAUGGGUACAGAGGAAGCUGCACCUAUGAGAAAGUCCAAGUCUACAGACCAGACGUCAACGAAUGGAGCAUCGUAACACUAAGUCCACAUCCAGAGUAUGGCCUUUGCUCUGUGUCUCUCCACAACAAGCUGUAUUUGGUCGGCGGACAGACGACAGUUGCCGAUUGCUACGACACAGAGAGCAACGAAUGGCGGCCCAUAUCAGUGAUGAAGGAGAGGAGAAUGGAGUGUGGGGCUGUGGUGAUAAGUGGGUGUAUUUAUGUAACAGGGGGGUACUCCUACUCGAAGGGAACGUACUUACAGAGCAUUGAGAAAUAUGACCCAGAGCUGGACUCGUGGGAGAUAGUAGGGACCCUGCCCAGCCCCGCCAGGUCACAUGGUUGCGUAUGUGUUCAUAGCGUCCAUUGACGUUUUUCACAUAUAUCUAUAUAUAUUACAAAAUAGAUGGAAUUGUCUAUUCACAGCAUUCCCUAGAGUUUGAAAAAGUCUGUCCAUGACAAAAUGAUCUGUUAACUUGUUCACGGUACAUUUGCCAAAGUGCUAUGUGAAAAUCUCAGGGGUCUCUCAAUGAGUAUUGUAGUUGUCUUUUAACAAUUCUUGAAAGGUUUUAAUUCAUUUUUAAGUGUUUUAAAAGUUUAGACAGAGAUCCAUUUUUAAUAGCAGGACUGGACCUCCACUGCAAUUUAACUAAAUAAAUUACUUCACUCUCUUGAACUGCUAAACUCUGUUUGAACGGGUGAUUUCCUAUAAACAUUCAGCACAUUUCUCCUUAACACAACACCCUCCAUGCACAAGAGGACACCUUCUUUUGUUAUUUUUUUUUGUUUUUCAUUUUCAGUUGUUACGUUAUAGGCUUACUGAUUUUUGGAGAUCUCUUUUAAUCAGGCUUAAGGUAAAAUAAGCAUCAACAAAUGGAUAAGUAAGAACUUUGGUGACAGAAAAUAAAGAAAUUUCACACCCACUUCCUCCUUUCCAUUCACCAUUUCUAAUGUAACGAGAUCAAAAUACCUAUUUGCAAAUAUGUUCUCAUCCAAAACAAUUGAUGUUCUUUUCAUAUUAAUAAUUGCAUUUCUGGUAAUCUGAGAGAGAAGGAGACAAAGGAGGGGACCAGAACCAUUGCGGUGUUGGCAUAGAAUGAUCAUCAAUAGGUAUUUUUACUCCAGGGCUCAGUUUUACAUUCAGAGAUGAUUGCAUAUAUUGGAAGCUACUUUGAACACAAUUGCAAAAGAUGUAUUUUAGCAGUAUUUUUCUAAUUAAAUCUUUUUAUUUUGAUUUAUGAAUUUAUUUCAAACAGUUUAAAAAAACAACAAACAAGUAUCCAGAAAAAAAACAACAACGUGCAUUCACAACUGAGAACAUAACAAUAAGCUUACCACUCUUUGUUUGAAACGGAUUAGGAAAAAGUGAAAAUUGAUUUAAUCCUGUCAUUUAUUUCAAUUUAAAGAAAUACAUAUCAUUUACUAACUCGGUAAUGAUCAGAAAUGUGUUAUUGAAAGAAUAUUAAGUAGAACUGAUUUGUUUUCCAAGUCAUCACUUUCAUGCUUGAAACAGGAAAUGCUGCGAUGUCAACAAAUCAAUGCAAGUGAUUGGACUUCCUCGAAUACAUUUCUACCACUGGUCUUACAAAAACAACUUACUUUGACUGUUUGGUGUAAUAAAUGUAUGGAAUUAGUGUGUAUAAGGUUUGAAUCUGACUACAUGAAUAUAUUGUUCUGGACUAGACUGGAUUGCUUUUAAAUAUAUUUAGAUUAAAUUGGAUUCAAUAUAAAUAGAUGUGAAUUAGACCUGUUUACCUUGUGAAUUAUCUUGACGUAACAUUUGUUGUGACUGUGAGUUGAUGAAUUUAAUUGAACUAAAUUAUUUUCUUACCUCA